CACUUUCUGCAAUGCCUGUGUGCAUCAUUCAGACUAGGCGGACGUGCGGAAUAAUGAAUUUCUAACAGACGCGUCGCGUCCCAUUGAAUUUUAGACGAUUUUUUACAACCGAUCAUUUGAUAUAUAAUAUAUAUCCAGGCAGAAGAGAAAGCUUUAAUCAAUUCGUUGUUACGGAGCCCGCUGUUCAGGCAGUGUCCCUUGAGAUGAAGCAAAUUCUUUGUAGCAAAAUAGGAGACAGGAUCGUGCUCGUCUCGAAGACGUCACGAUACUCUAUGCCUCUGUUUAGUGCCAGGAACUUAACGUCUGGCAGAAUGAACAAGGUCUACCGGCCUUUGCUAUCGUCUCCUCAUAUACGUUACUACGGCAAUCCUAAUAGAGCGUACGCGAUGUUCAUUGGGAGGAUUUUAAGAGGAGCCCUGAAAGUACGGUACCUCUUGUUGGGAGGGGCUGUCGGUAGCGGUGUCACACUGCAGAAGAAAUAUGAACAAUGGAAAGAUGUGAUGCCAGACAUGAGCUGGCUGGACAACGUAUUACCGAACGAACAGAAAUGGGCGAACAUACGUGACUCCCUUUUGUCUGUUAAAGACACCGUCGCAGAUAAAAUGGAACUUGAUCCACGUAUAAAGCAGCUCGGGGAGACUAAGUAUAAGGAAUACAGGGAAUGGUUUAAUCAAAGGCUGGACGAUGCCAUCAGAGCUGCUGAAGUGAGACAGAACGAACCUGGUACGAAUCGUUCUUCGAAUCGUAUAAUUGACGCAAUCUCAGCAAUAGUAUCCCAACUUUAUUCAGAAGCGAAGGAACAAGUAUCGAACAAUACCGUGGCGUUUGCACGGCCGUUGGUUGACGAUAACGUUGAAGAGGAACGUAAAAAAGCUCAAAAGUCGCAGCAGAGGAUGAACGCCAUGCAGGAGGAGGUGAUGCAAAUUCAGUUGAGGUACCAACGGGAGUUGGAGAGGCUGGAGAGGGAGAACAAAGAACUACGAAAGCAGAUGCUGUUACGGGGAAAUCAGAAAAUGAGCACUAAAAAGAUUAAAAAAUCGUUGAUCGAUAUGUACAGUGACGUUCUAGACGAACUUAGCGAUUACGACAGUGCCUAUUCCACAGCCGACCACUUGCCAAGGGUGGUGGUGGUCGGUGAUCAAAGUUCUGGUAAAACGUCUGUGUUGGAGAUGAUUGCUCAAGCAAGAAUAUUUCCUCGAGGUGGUGGCGAGAUGAUGACAAGGGCUCCGGUAAAAGUGACCUUGAGCGAAGGCCCGUAUCACAUAGCUCAGUUCAAAGACAGUUCGAGGGAGUUCGAUUUAACGAAAGAGUCGGAAUUAGCCGAGCUGAGACGCGAGGUUGAAUUGCGUAUGAAGAACAGCGUUAAGAACGGGAAAACUGUUAGCCAAGACGUGAUCUCGAUGACUGUUAAAGGGCCAGGGCUACAGCGUAUGGUUCUCGUUGACUUGCCUGGUAUAAUUAGCACAGUUACGGUCGACAUGGCUGAAGACACGCGAGAUGCUAUUCGACAGAUGACCCAACAGUACAUGAGCAACCCUAACGCGAUCAUUUUGUGCAUCCAAGAUGGGUCCGUGGAUGCUGAGAGGAGUAACGUGACAGAUCUCGUUGCUCAAAUGGAUCCCAGUGGCAAACGAACCAUCUUCGUUUUAACUAAGGUAGAUUUAGCAGAAGAGAAUCUGGCCGACCCCGAACGCGUCCGCAAGAUACUUUCGGGUAAAUUGUUCCCAAUGAAAGCGAUGGGUUACUUCGCGGUGGUCACUGGUCGUGGCAAACAAGACGACAGCAUACAGACCAUUAAGAGCUAUGAAGAAAAGUUCUUUAGAAACUCGAAACUCUUCAACAGAGAUGGUUUGGUCAUGUCUGGUCAAGUUACGACGAGGAACUUGAGCCUCGCGGUUGCCGAAUGCUUUUGGAAAAUGGUUCGCGAGACCGUGGAGCAACAAGCGGAUGCCUUCAAGGCUACUAGGUUCAAUCUUGAAACCGAGUGGAAGAAUAACUUCCCACGACUCAGGGAAUUGGACAGGGACGAGCUGUUCGAGAGAGCAAGGGGCGAGAUUUUAGACGAAAUUGUGAAUCUUUCCCAAGUCUCGCCUAGACACUGGGAAGAGGUGUUGAUGCUUCGCAUCUGGGACAAAGUCAGCAUGCACGUGUUCGAGAAUAUUUAUUUGCCCGCGGCGCAAAGUGGGAAUCCAGGCACGUUUAAUACUACAGUCGAUAUAAAACUUCGCCAAUGGGCAGAGCAGCAACUGCCGGCCAAAAGCGUCGAGAGCGGUUGGGAGUGCUUGCAACAAGAAUUUCACAAUUUCAUGAACCAGGCGAGGCUCAGUCCGGAUCACGACGACAUUUUUGAUAAUUUAAAAAAUGCAGUGGUCAACGAAGCCAUGAGGAGGCAUUCCUGGGAGGAGAAAGCCUCGGAGAUGUUGCGCGUUAUUCAAUUAAACACUCUCGAGGACAGGAGCGUGAACGAUAAACGGGACUGGGAUCAGGCAGUUCGUUUUUUGGAAACUUCUGUGAAAGAUAAGUUACAAGGAACGGAGCAAAUCUUGCGGGACAUGUUGGGGCCUGGUCGCAAGGAACGGUGGUUGUACUGGCAGAGGCAGACCGAGGACCAACAGAAACGCACAGCAGUGAAACAUGAAUUAGAUAAUAUCCUUUAUGCAGACAAGAAACAUGCGCCUACCCUGACGCAGGACGAACUGACGGCAGUGAGGAAGAACUUACAGAGAAAUGGUUUAGAAAUAGAUAACGAGUUCAUUCGGGAAACGUGGCAUCCGGUUUAUAGAAGAUUCUUCCUGCAGCAGAGCAUGGCCAGAGCUUACGACUGUAAGAAAGGAUAUUAUCUAUACCACACGGGACAUGAGACUGAAAUGGAAUGUAACGACGUGGUGCUGUUUUGGAGGAUUCAGCAGAUGCUGAAAGUUACCGCGAACGCGCUCCGCCAGCAAAUAAUGAACCGCGAAGCCCGCAGACUAGAUAAAGAGAUAAAAGAAGUACUCGAAGAUUAUAGCCAAGACACUCAAGUUAAACAGCAGCUGUUGACCGGUCGACGCGUCACCUUAGCCGAGGAAUUGAAACGCGUCAGGCAAAUCCAGGAGAAACUGGAAGAAUUCAUUCAAGCAUUGAACAAAGAGAAAUGAAGAAGCUGGGCUAAGAUUCUAGUUGAACCAUGGAAACCGAUGGUGUGAUGGUAUGUGAUACACGAUUACAGGCCCUGGUGGCUGACUGCGCGGAUGUCUAGGUAUUAAUUUAUUUUUUCUCUUCGUUAAUCGAGCUACUAGUCAGUUUUUAUGGAUAAUGGAAACUGAACGACUCACAAUGAUCGAGACACGUGAAAUUUUAGUCACUUUCAUAUAAUCCACUGCUUGGCGAACUUCUUCGAUCUGUCGAUCGUCCCAGCAUCGAUAAAAAAUAACUUAAAUUUUCGAAAACGUACACGAACAGAAUGACUGUAAUAAUGAGCGAUCACUAUUUUCAUUUCACGUUCAGCAAAUUUUCUUUCAGCAGCUAGCAUCGAUUGUACCAACAACUAAUUGAAUUAAUUGUAUCGAGUAACGACGUUCAGGGAGUGUAGAUAUAAAAAACGCGAUUUAGGGAGAAUGUCGCACAUUACAUUUUGUAUAUACAUCUCAUCUUUGCAUACAGAACGAAUGAAAGCGCGCAUACGUUUUGUAUGGGUAGGAACAUGGAAUAAAGAAAGAGUGAAAACGAGAA